AUGUCGUCUGUCGCACCGGAAGAUACGUCGGUGCCAAAUCCGAGCGUCACAAAUGAACAAGUAGCUGGAACUCCUAAUGAGUACAAUGUAAAUGGACAAUUUCCAAGGGUUUCAAUGCAGCAAAGCUCAGAAUUUGAAACUGCUCAUACUCAGUCAACGAAUGAUCAUUCUGUUUUAGCUGGGAAAUCUGCCGGAUCUAAUUUACAGGAAGAAGGAAGUAUUUUCAACGAACCUGGUGAGAAGGAUGAAUUGACUGUAAUGGAGAAAGAGGCUGACAUGCAAGUUAAGACAAAAAAAAAGAAAGAUCUAACCUUUGUUGCAAUUUGUUGUGUUAUGGUUGCGUUUGGUGGUUUUAUUUUUGGUUGGGAUACUGGUACCAUCUCUGGUUUCAUCAGACAAACAGAUUUCAUUAGAAGGUUCGGACAAACAAGAUCUGAUGGAACAUCAUAUUUAUCAAAUGUCAGAACUGGUUUAGUUGUCUCCAUUUUCAAUAUUGGCUGUGCCAUUGGUGGUAUUGUUCUAACAAAAGUGGGUGAUGUCUAUGGUCGUAAGAUUGGUUUGUAUUUUGUUGUGACAGUAUACAUAAUUGGUAUUAUUAUACAAAUUGCAUCCAUUAACAAGUGGUACCAAUAUUUUAUUGGUAGAAUUAUCUCUGGUCUUGGAGUUGGUGGUAUUGCUGUUCUUUCUCCAAUGUUAAUUUCUGAGGUGUCUCCCAAACAAUUAAGAGGUACACUAGUUUCCUGUUACCAAUUAAUGAUUACGGCUGGAAUAUUCUUAGGUUACUGUACAAAUUUUGGUACUAAAAACUAUUCCAAUUCAGUGCAAUGGAGAGUGCCACUAGGUUUAAGUUUUGCCUGGGCAUUAUUUAUGAUAAUUGGUACUUCAUUUGUACCUGAAUCACCUCGUUUCUUGGUAGAAACCGGUAGAAUCGAGGAAGCUAAACGAGCUUUAGCCAAAACUAAUAAGACAAGCCCUGAUUCAAGUUUUGUUUUGGUUGAGUUGGAAAAAUAUGAAGCUGCUAUUGAAGCUGAAACAGUUGCUGGGAAAGCUGGAUGGUCUGAAUUGGUCACAGGUAAACCUCAAAUGUUCAGAAGAACUAUCAUCGGAAUGAUGAUUCAAUCUUUACAACAGUUGACUGGUGCAAAUUAUUUUUUCUACUAUGGUACUACAAUCUUUCAAGCAGUGGGAUUGAGUGACUCUUUUGAAACAGCAAUCGUUUUAGGUAUUGUUAACUUUGCCUCGACCUUUGUUGCCCUUUACGUCGUUGACCGUUAUGGUCGUCGUAAUUGUCUAUUAUGGGGUUGUGUAGGUAUGGUAUGUUGCUAUGUAGUUUACGCAAGUGUCGGAGUAACAAGAUUAUAUCCAAAUGGGCAAAGUCAGCCCACGUCUCAAGGUGCUGGUAAUUGUAUGAUUGUAUUUGCAUGUUUCUUCAUCUUUUGCUUUGCAACUACAUGGGCUCCAAUUGCCUAUGUUAUCGUUUCUGAAACAUAUCCUUUAAGAAUUAGAGGUAAGGCUAUAUCAAUUGCAAAUGCAUGUAAUUGGAUAUGGGGUUUUCUAAUUUCAUUUUUUACACCAUUUAUAACAUCUGCCAUUAACUUUUACUACGGUUAUGUGUUUAUGGGCUGUAUGGUUUUUGCUUACUUCUUUGUUUUCUUUAUCGUUCCAGAAACUAAAGGUUUAACUUUAGAAGAAGUUAAUGAAAUGUAUGAGGAAAACGUCCUCCCAUGGAAGUCGUCGGCAUGGAUUCCACCAUCAAGGAGAGAUGCAAAUUAUAAUGUCGACCAAUUAAAGGAAGACAAGAGACCAUGGUAUAAAAGAAUGCCAGGUCAAAACAAGGAUAAGGAUAGAGAUGCAAAAGGAGAAGUAGGCCAAGAAAGGGACACCAAAUCUCCUUGGUAUAAAAAAUUUUCUAAAAAGACAAGUGAAGUCUGA